AAAUUAGACAAAAAAGGUAUAAAUAGGCAUUGAUCUAUAGAAGAGCACAUUCAAGUAGUUAAGUCCGCUUGAUAACAACGAAAAUGCGCUCCUUUUUGGUUGUUUGUCUGACUGUGGCAGUCGCCCUCGCAGCUGACCCUCCAAGGCCAGUGUUCAGUCCGUUUUCGUACACACCGACAACUCGGCGGUACUCUUACUUCAGCACGACCCCUAAACCUUACGCCUUCAACCCUUACAACCCCACGAGGUACUACCCUAACUUCAACCAGAAGUACAACGGAGACGCCGCCGGUCGUUACGACCCCGGUCAAUACGACAACUCUGGCAGAUACAUUCCCGAUGACUCUGGCAAAUACAACGGUGACCGAGGUGACCGCGGUGGUGCUGGAGGCUUCUACUCUGGCUCUGGAUCUGCCGGUGGUCCCGGAGGUGCUUACUCUGGAUCCGGAUCAGCUGGUGGUCCCGGAGGUGCCUACUCCGGAUCUGGAUCAGCUGGUGGUCCCGGAGGUGCUUACUCUGGAUCCGGAUCAGCUGGUGGUCCCGGCGGUGCUUACUCCGGAUCUGGAUCUGUUGGCGGUCCUGGUGGUGCCUACUCUGGCUCUGGCGGCGUUGGUGGUCCCGGUGGACUCUACAGCGGAAACGACGAAGCUGGACGUUACAGGCCUGAUGGCAGUGGUGCUUACAACGGUGACCGUGGUGACCGUGGCUCUGCGGGAGGUUUCUACACCGGGGACAAGAACAGCGGCUCCGCUGGUGCUGGAGGUUACAAGCCCAGUGGAUCAGGCAGUGGUUCAGGCAGCGGUUCAGGCAGCGCAUCAGGCAGCGGUGUCUCAAGCGGAUUAGGAUUUGGCGGAUCUGCCUCUGGCUCAGGUUCUGGUUCUGGUUCAGGUGCUUACAAGGGAUCUGGUUCUGCUGCUGGAUCUGGCUACGAAUACAAAUACGGCAUCAUCCGCCAGGAGGGUGAAGUUCUCCCCGACGGUUACCACUACCUCUACGAAACUGAGAACAAGAUUCUUGCUGAGGAAGCUGGCAAACUCGAGCAGAUCGACAGCGAAAGCGACGGAAUUAGGGCUAAGGGAUUCUACGAGUACGUUGGCCCCGACGGUGUCACCUACAGGGUUGACUACACCGCCGACGAGAACGGUUUCAUCCCCAGCGGCGCUCACAUCCCAAAGUAAAUCUAGUCUGAUGGUUCCUCAUAAAAUUUUGGGGUAAUUAAGCUCUAAAAGAACUUAAUAAAAUUCACCGUACCUGCCCUAAAUAAGUAUAAUAAAGAUGCUACUUUGUUACUGACUUUUUUUGUGAUUUUUUCGCCUCC